UCAGACUAAAAAUAGUUUCGUUUGUAGGAAGCUGGACUUACCUGUUAGAACCCGAAUGUAUCUGCUCCAGAAUAGCCACCAAUUAAUUACUGGUCUGUGCAGUAUGUUGCGGUAGGCAUCUUGAAUGACCUAGUGUAGACGGUGCACAGUGCUGUAGCAUAUGAGCGACAGGGAGGUCACACCACCAGACGACCGGAUCUUGCGAUCAGCUAGACGCCCGAUAGCCCACGUGUCCCUAGGACCGGAGGGUGAUAGGAUCCUGUUCCGCCAACUUAGGGAGAGGCAGCAGCAGCAGAGGAGAGCUAGAGCAGCCGAGGCCAGCAGGGCUUUAGCUAGCGAGGCCGCUGCUACAGCAGCCAUGGCCACUUCCGCUACGGUCACUGCUGCGCAGCACACUUCCCAGGCCAGCAGUUCAGGUAUCGUCGGAUCAUCGGUCGCGCAGACCGUGAGUCAGUCCACUGGCGUGAUGGCAAGCCAGGCAGUACUGUUGACCCCAGAGGAUGUCACCAUCCAGCAGGCAGCCCUGCAGGAGGCACAGCUACAGCAGGCAUUAGGACAGAUAAAAGCGGAGAAGGAGAAGAUGAUUAGAAGAAGAGCCAGGAUGCAGCAGAGAGGGGCAGACAUAGAGGAGUUAGAGACGAUGGACCUGACGCACAUGGAUGAUGAUGUGAGGUUUGACCGGGACCGAAAAGUAGUCAAACACACUUUGCCAGGUGGAGGGACCGCCAGAUUACACAAGUUCAAAGCUAGUAGUCUGAUUGAGACCUAUGGGUGCAUGUGUGGGGCCGCGUUCUACAAUUAUUAUAAGCAAAAUCAGGAGGAGGGUAUGUAUUUAGUCUAUGUCUCUGCCGCAGGCGAGCCGGUGAAAAUGCCGCCGGAGAUAGAGGGAGUAGUUGCUAAGUACCCUGAUCUAUUUGAAGAGCCGACAGGGGUUGUAGAGAGGGAGGUCGUCCACGCGAUAGAGAUUAUCCCAAGGUUUAGUAUUCCAAAGGGUAGGAUCUAUCGGAUGUCUCCGGGCGAGCUCGAUGAGCUUCGCCGGCAACUCAAGGAACUCGUAGAGAAGGGUUGGAUCCGGCCGAGUGUCUCUCCUUGUGGAUCCCCAGUACUACUCGUACCUAAGAAGAAGGAGGGUUUACUUAGGAUGUGCAUUGACCAUAGGGGCCUCAAUGCCAUCACUGUAAAGAACAGAGAGCCCCUACCGCGCAUCGAUGAUCUGCUAGAUAGAGUUCAAGGGUGUCGAUACUUCAAUAAGAUAGAUCUGAAGUCCGAGUACUAUCAGAUUGGAAUCCGGCCUGAGGGUCAACACAAAACCGCCUUUCAGACCAGGUACGGUCUAUACGAGUUUGUGGUGAUGCCUUUCGGCCUUUGCAAUGCUCCUGGCACCUUUCAGCACGCUAUGAAUCGGAUAUUCCAUGACUACUUGGAUAAGUUUGUCAUCGUGUACCUCGAUGAUAUACUUGUUUUUAGUAAGACUGUCGAGGAACAUGUCGCACACCUGGACAAAGUCCUUAGCCUCCUACGACAGCACAAGUUCAAAAUCAACGGUGAGAAGUGCGAGUUUGGCCGCACCCGUGUCUUGUACUUGGGUCAUGAGAUUUCCGCGGAAGGGCUGAAGCCCGAUGACGCGAAGGUGGCCAGCAUUCGUGAUUGGCCACGUCCUCAGUCUGUGACUGAGAUGAGAUCUUUCUUAGGAAUGACAGGCUACUAUAGGACCUUCGUUAAGAACUAUAGCAUAGUGGCCGCUCCUUUGACUGAUCUGACCCGCCUUGACACCCCAUGGGAGUGGACAGACGAGUGCGAGGCUGCUUUCAGACAUCUGAAGCAUGCGUUGACGCACUACGAGGUCUUGAAACUUCCUGAUCCUGAUAAGCCGUUUAUAGUCACCACGGAUGCCAGCCAAUAUGGCAUUGGCGCCAUGCUCGCACAGCAGGAGGGGCCAAAGUUGACGUCUGUAGAGUACAUGUCCAAGAAGAUGCCCUCUCAGAAGUUGGCAAAGUCCACCUAUGAGAAGGAACUCUAUGCGGUGACUGAUCAUCAGACCCUGAGAUGGAUGAGAACUCAGCCUGUUCUCUCCGACGCCCUCAAGCGUUGGAUCGAAGUCAUUAAGCAAUAUGAUCUUGGCCCUCAGUAUCUGAACGGGGAGUGUGCGGAUGCUUUAUCGCGUAGACCUGAUUUCUCAGGUGCGCUGAUUACUGAGUUCAAUCUGGCGGACAGUGUUACUCAGUCUUUGGUGGAAGCCUAUCCCGAGGACCGGUUCAUGUCUGAGAUCAUACGCAGACUCCAGGCGAAGGACAAGAAGACUUCUGUCGACUUUGAGUUGGUCAAUGGCUUGCUGUUCCUUGAGAAGGAAGGGAAUAAACGAUUGUGUGUCCCAAAUAGCGAGUCUUUGCGUAGUUUGUUUUUAGGUGAGUGCCAUGAUGCCACUGGCCAUUUUGGAUAUAAGAAGACCACAGCCAAUCUGCUGCAGCGGUUCUGGUGGCCCACGAUGAUGCGAGAUGCCCGGCUGUACGUGGAGACUUGUCAAGUUUGUCAAAGGGACAAGCCACGUACCCAGGCUCUUCUUCGGCUUUUGAAGCCCCUUCCAAUUCCGGAACGGCCUGGUGAGAGUUUGUCCAUGGAUUUUAUGGAUACUCUAAUCACUAGCAAGAGUGGGAUGCGUCACAUCUUCGUCAUCGUGGAUAGAUUCAGUAAGUAUGUUAGGUUAGUAGCCAUGUCGGAAACAGCAAAGACGGAGUAUGUGAUCCGAAUGUUCAAAGAGAACUGGGUUAGAGACUUUGGUUUACCGAAGUCUAUUGUCAGCGACAAGGAUGUUCGGUUCACCAGCGAGUUGUGAAAGACCGUUGUUGCAGAGCAGGGCACUCAGUUGCAGAUGACUUUUGGGAAUCACCCGGAGGCCAACGGUCAGGCCCAGCAACUGAACCGCGCUGCGCAACACCUAUUGACGCAUUACAUCAAGCCCAACCAGGUGGACUGGGAUGAACUGCUAACCUUUAAGCCUAGACUGCCCCUGGACUUUCUUCUCCCUGAGAAUCAAUCCACUGCUGCACCAGGUACCCUAGAAUUUGCUUACCGGUAUGAACAAAAGAUGCAGCAGGCU